UAUCAUCAAACAAAAUGGCGUCCUACUGUAUGACUGUUAGUCGAUUACGGCUGGUCCUAGGUGACACAGCAAGACAGCUUCAUGUCUCCUCCACCCUCGGCUCCAAAUCAAAAGUGGCGAUGAGUCGAUUUGAGCCCGGCUCCUCCGUCAGCUACAACACACUGCUGAGUAACAUCAGCAUGGUGCGGAAAAGACUGAACCGCCCCCUGACUCUAUCGGAGAAGAUCGUGUACGGACACCUGGACGACCCGGCUGGUCAGGAGAUCGCGAGAGGCCGUACGUACCUGCGUUUGCGUCCGGACCGCGUGGCCAUGCAGGACGCCACGGCGCAGAUGGCCAUGCUUCAGUUCAUCAGCAGCGGUCUUCCCAGAGUGGCCGUUCCCUCCACCAUCCACUGUGAUCACCUGAUCGAGGCGCAGACCGGUGGAGCACAGGACCUGCAGAGGGCCAAGGAAGUGAAUCAGGAAGUCUAUAACUUCCUGGCUACAGCUGCAGCCAAGUACGGCGUCGGCUUUUGGAAACCGGGAUCAGGAAUCAUUCAUCAGAUCAUUCUGGAAAACUACGCGUACCCGGGGGUGAUGCUGAUCGGCACGGACUCUCACACCCCCAACGGAGGCGGGCUCGGGGGCAUCUGCAUCGGAGUGGGCGGAGCCGACGCAGUGGAUGUCAUGGCAGGGAUUCCGUGGGAGUUAAAGUGCCCCAACGUGAUUGGGGUGAAGUUGACCGGCACUCUUUCUGGCUGGACAUCUCCUAAAGACAUCAUUCUGAAAGUAGCAGGUAUUCUGACUGUAAAAGGAGGCACAGGAGCUAUAGUGGAGUACCACGGACCAGGGGUCGACUCCAUCUCCUCUACAGGCAUGGCCACUAUCUGUAACAUGGGUGCCGAGAUCGGAGCCACUACAUCCGUGUUCCCCUACAACCACCGCAUGAGGACCUACCUGGAGAAAACCGGGCGUAAAGAGAUCGCAGAGCUGGCGGAUGAAUACAAGGAGUGUUUAGUUCCUGAUCCUGACUGCCAUUACGAUCAGCUCAUCGAGAUCAACCUGAGUGAGCUGAAGCCGCACAUUAACGGCCCGUUCACUCCUGACCUGGCUCACCCGGUGUCCGAGCUCGGAGCUGUAGCUCAGAAGAACGGCUGGCCGCUCCAGGUCAAAGUGGGUCUGAUCGGAAGUUGCACUAACUCCAGCUAUGAGGACAUGGGCCGAGCCGCCUCUCUGGCCAAGCAGGCGCUGGAUCACGGCCUGAAGUGUAAAUCCCAGUUCACGGUCACCCCGGGGUCAGAGCAGAUCAGAGCCACCAUCGAGAGGGACGGAUAUGCUCAGAUCCUGAGGGACGUGGGGGGUGUGGUUCUGGCUAACGCGUGUGGGCCGUGUAUCGGGCAGUGGGACCGGCGUGAUGUGAAGAAAGGUGAGAAGAACACCAUCGUUACCUCCUUCAACAGAAACUUCACGGCUAGAAACGACGCAAACCCGGCCACACACGCCUUCGUCACUUCACCUGAGAUCGUUACAGCUCUGGCGAUAGCUGGCACUCUAAACUUCAACCCUGAGACAGAUUACCUAACGUCUGCUAACGGAGAGAAGUUUACGCUGCUGCCCCCUACAGGAGACGAGCUGCCGGCACGAGACUUCGACCCGGGUGAGGACACCUACCAGCACCCUCCUGCAGACGGACAUAGCGUCCGGGUGGAUGUGAACCCGCAGAGCAACCGACUGCAGCUGCUUGAACCCUUCCAGAAAUGGGAAGGGGAAGACCUGGAGGACCUGCAGGUGCUGAUCAAGGUGAAAGGUAAAUGUACUACAGACCACAUCAGCGCCGCUGGUCCGUGGUUGAAGUUCCGCGGUCACCUCGACAACAUCUCCAACAACCUCCUGAUCGGAGCGGUCAACUUCGAGAACGAUGCGGUCAAUAAGAUCAAGAACCAGCUGACGGGAGAGUACGGCGGCGUGCCCGACGUCGCUCGCUUCUAUAAGGCGAACGGUGUGCAGUGGGUGGUUGUGGGAGAUGAGAAUUACGGCGAAGGCUCCAGUAGGGAGCAUGCGGCUCUGGAGCCCCGACACCUCGGAGGAAGAGCCAUCAUCGUCAAGAGCUUUGCCAGGAUCCACGAGACUAAUCUGAAGAAGCAGGGCUUGUUGCCCCUGACGUUCUCAGACCCUCGGGACUACGACAAGAUCCACCCUGAUGAUAAGAUCUCCAUCGUCAGACUGCAGUCUUUCACCCCCGGCAAACCUCUCACCGCAGUGUUGAAGCACUCAGACGGCAGCACGGAGAACAUCCAGUUGAACCACACCUUUAACGAGACACAGAUCGAGUGGUUCCAGGCUGGCUCCGCCCUCAACCGGAUGAAGGAGAUCCAGUGCUGACUGGGAGGCGGAGUCUCCAAACAGGGGGGCGGGCAAAUGACAAGGUCUUUUUUUUCUGCCCAAACUGACAUGACGUCCCUUUUAAUCUGAACACGGUCCACUCGGCCGGGGUGUUUGGUGUCGCUUGGGGUUUGCUUUGCACAGCGCUAAACUGGUGGCCAUUAGCUGCUUUUAAUUAUUAGCUACAGUAGCUGUGUAGUUUUGUGACAACUCUUUGAUUUUUGGCGGAACUUUCAUUUUAUUGAUGUGGCGGCGUUGCACACACACACACACACACACA